AUGGCUGCCCAGGAUGAACUCAAUCAACUGGAACGAGUGUUCCUUCGUUUGGGCCAUGCCGAAACAGAUGAGCAGCUACAGGACAUUAUCUCAAAAUUCCUACCUCCCGUACUACUCAAACUAUCCAGCGUUCAAGAGGGUGUACGAAAAAAGGUAAUGGAGUUGCUAGUACACCUGAAUAAGAGAAUAAAGAGUCGACCAAAGAUUCAACUGCCAGUAGAAACUUUGUUGGUGCAGUACCAAGAUCCUGCAGCUGCCUCAUUUGUUACUAAUUUUACUAUCAUCUACAUCAAAAUGGGUUACCCACGCCUGGAGGUAGAAAAACAAUGUGAACUGGCCCCCACCCUGCUCACUGCCAUGGAAAGCAAACCACAGCCACAGCAGGACAGCCUUAUGCACCUGCUGAUCCCCAGUCUUUAUCAUAUGAAGUAUCCUGCUGAUACAUCCAAAAAUGCUUCUCCAUUUAAUUUAACCGAAAGGCCAAGUACAGUGCAGCUGCUACUGGAAUUCAUGUUGGAUGUCUUAUUGAUGCCUUAUGGGUUUGUGCUAAAUGAAUCCCUGACUCGUGCUGCUCCCUCCUCCUCCUCCCAGGGAAGCUCAGAUGGAGCGACGUCUGCCUCAGGUCAGGGGCUUCCCCAGCCUCCCCCUGGGAUGAGUGUCUAUGCUGCCAAAAGAGUGAUAGGGGAGACUCAGUGGAGUCCUGAGCAAUUAGAACAGUGUAAGCUGGGAAUUGUGAAGUUCAUUGAGGCAAAGCAAGUUCCUGAAGUGGAGACAGUGGUGCACCUGGUGGUGGCGUCCAGCGACACACGACACAGUGUGGCCACGGCCGCUGAUCUGGAGCUGAAGAGCAAGCAGAGCAUCAUAGAUUGGAACAAUCCUCUAAUUAUUAAUAAGCUGUACAAAGUGUAUCUGGGGGAUGUUCCUCUCAAAACAAAGGGCACCACUGUGAAACAGGAGCUGAAACAUGAGCCAGUAAGCACCAGAGUCAAACUGAAGAUCCUUCCGCAUCUUCUGCGCUCACGCCUUGCUGCAGAGUGUUUUCCUGCUAAUAUUCAGGUUGUGUAUGAUGGCCUGUUUGGAGCCAACACCAACAACAAACUGCUGUCUCUCACUUUGCAGUUUGUCCAUCACAUCUGCAUGGUAUGUCCUGACACAAACAAGCCACUGGGACUAAUGCUGCUAAAUGGUCUUACCAAACUCAUCAGUGAAUACAAGGAGGAUCCCAAGUUACUGUGUGUUGCAUAUUCUGCUGUUGGAAAGUUAUCAAGCCGCAUGCCACAGCUUUUCACGAAGGAUGUUGCACUUGUGCAGCAAUUUUUUGACUCUAUGUGCAAGGCAGAGCCCGAUGUUCGUCUUGCCAUUCAGGAAGCUUUGUCUAUGAUGGUUGGAGCAUAUGCCAAUCUACAGGGGGCACUGUUGAACUUGAUGGAGGCCCUAGUAGCUGCUUAUAUUGGAAAGCCAGAGGUACAAGUCCGUCAGGUAGCCAUGAAGUUUGCCAGCACAGUGUUUGCUUCUGAUCAUGUACCUUCAAGAUACCUGCUACUACUGGCUGCUGGAGAUUCGAGGGAGGAGGUGUGUGUGGAAGCCCAGAGAGUGCUGAGGGGUUUUCCGGCCAAGAGGUCUGAGAAGGAGGGACAAAAGCCAAUGCCUUCCUUUCCCGACAUGGUGGACUAUGUCCAGGAGAAGGCCAAUCAGAGAAUCAAGACUCCAGCAAAGUACAUUGUUGGAACCUCUGCAAUUCCAUUUAAUCCGUCAGCAUUUUCAGAGAUUGUGCUCUACCUGAGGAUGUGCUUGGCGUACAGCGCUGGGGCCACAUCCAUGUCAACACGCCUGGCAGACAUGCAGGAUGACGCGCCAGCUAUUGGCCGCUACGUUCACACAAUGCUGACCUCUGACCCUCAGCCCUCACUGUCAAAAGGAUGUGAAGCAAACCCUGUUCAUGUCUACAUGGAUUUGCUGCAACAGCUGUUGUCUGCUGUAGGAGGAAUCCCAGUCAUGUACUGUCUCUUGGAAGUGGUGUCAGUCUGCCCAGAAAAGCUGGCUCCUAGAUUUGCGAAUCGUAUUGACUGGAUUAAAAGUCUGAUGAACACAAACAAGGAAGACAUGCGGGAGCUGGCAGCCCAGCUGUAUGCCGUGGUGGUUUCAACGAUGACCGGCAAUGAGCUGCAGACAGCAGUCAACAAUCUCAUCAAAACUACCAAAGACAACCAUAGUCCUGAGACGCAACAUGGUGCCAUCUUGGCACUCGGCUAUAUGGUGGGAAGAUACAUGAGCAAGAAGAAAGCUGUUGUCUCCAGUGAUCACACCCGCAACUUAGCGCAACAAAUGAGCAUUACGUCCCAGGAGGAUCAUGAACUUCUUGGCAUGGCCACCAAGACAAUCGGUGCCUUCCUGGACAGCAGUAGUACAAUGCUGGCAGUAGCAGCUUGUACAGCGCUCGGUGAAAUCGGGAGGAACGGGGCUCUGCUGAUCCCUGCGGAGGGUGAUGGUUUCACCAAACUGUCCGCAGUGGACAACCUGUUGGCUCGCAUCACCUCUGGCAAAGAGAGCAUCAAGAUGAAGGAGCGGUCAAUCCGGACUUUGGGCUACCUUCCAGUGGGAGAUGGGGACUUUGCUCACCAGAAGAAGCUGUUGCAGGGUCUCAUGGACUCUGUAGAGGCCAAGCAGGUGGAGCUGCAGUUCACAGUAGGAGAGGCUAUCACCAGCGGUGCAAUUGGCACAAGUUCUGGAGCUGCUAGAGACCCCUGGACAUGCACCGAAGACCAGUACAGCCCACCAUGUAAUGUGAAAAACAAUGAUGUGGUUCCGUGGGUCCUGAACUCCAUCCUGUCCAAGUACAUCCCCAGCCAGAACCCGCAUGUCCGACAGGCGGCCUGCAUCUGGUUGCUCUCCCUGGUCAAAAAACUCAGUCAGCACAAGGAAAUUACGUCACAUUUGAAGGAGAUUCAGACAGCAUUUAUUUCUGUUCUCUCAGACCAUGAUGAGUUGAGUCAGGAUGUGGCAUCCAAAGGGCUUGGCCUGGUCUACGAGAUGGGAGGAGAGGGUGACCAGCAGGAACUGGUGUCCACCCUGGUGGAAACGCUCAUGACUGGCAAAAGAGUGAAACAUGCUGUCUCAGAAGACACGGAGGUGUUUCAAGGAGAAGGAUUGGGAAAAACACCAGAUGGCCACAGCCUGUCUACAUACAAGGAGCUCUGCUCAUUGGCCAGUGACCUGAAUCAACCAGAUCUUGUCUACAAGUUCAUGAACCUGGCCAAUCACCACGCCAUGUGGAACUCUCGCAAGGGAGCAGCUUUUGGCUUCCACAUGAUUGCAGCGAAGGCCGGCGAGCAGCUAGCUCCGUUUCUUCCCCAGCUUGUGCCCCGUCUGUACCGCUACCAGUUUGACCCCAACCUGAGCGUUCGCCAGGCCAUGACCAGCAUCUGGGAUGCUUUAGUCACUGACAAGACACUGGUGGAUAAAUACCUUAAGGAGAUCCUGCAGGAUGUCAUCUCCAACUUGACUAGUAACAUCUGGAGGAUCCGCGAGUCAAGCUGUCUGGCCCUUAAUGAUCUAAUCCAUGGCCGCCAGGCUGAUGACCUCAUUGAGCACUUGGCAGAAAUGUGGGAGACACUAUUCAGAGCCCUUGAUGACAUCAAGGAAUCGGUGAGGAAGGCUGCAGAUCUGGCACUGAAAACACUCAGUAAGGUGUGUACUCGGAUGUGUGAGUCUUCAGGUGUUGCUGCUCAGAGAACUGUAGCAGUACUGUUGCCUACUCUGCUGGAAAAAGGCAUCGUUAGCAACGUGGCAGAGGUCCGAGCUCUCAGUAUCCAAACCCUGGUAAAAGUUAGUAAGACUGCUGGUGCCAGACUGAAGCCUCAUGCUUCUCGGCUUAUCCCGGCCCUGCUGGAGGCGCUCAGCACCCUGGAGCCUCAGGUCCUCAACUACCUCAGCCUCAGAGCCACAGAACAGGAAAAGAGCACCAUGGAUGCUGCCAGGCUUAGUGCUGCCAAGUCUUCCCCGAUGAUGGAGACCAUCAACAUGUGUCUGCAGCACCUGGACGUUUCUGUGCUUGGAGAGCUGGUCCCCAGGCUUUGUGAACUGCUGAAGAGUGGAGUUGGCUUGGGCACCAAGGGUGGCUGUGCUAGUGUAAUUGUUUCCCUCACUGUACAGUGUCCCCAGGAUCUCACCCCAUACUCAGGUAAACUGAUGAGUGCCCUGCUGAAUGGUGUCCAUGACAGAAGUGCUAUAGUUCAGAAAUCAUUUGCCUUCGCUCUGGGGCACGUGGUCAGGACAGCAAAAGACAGCAGUGUGGAAAAACUACUACUGAAGCUUAAUACUUGGUACUUGGAGAAAGAGGAACCAGUGUUUAAGUCAUCGUGUGCGUUGACCGUGCACGCCGUCAGCCACUACAGUCCUGAUGUGUUGAAGAGCCACGCAGUUGUGGCCCUGCCGCUGGCUUUCCUGGGCAUGCACCAGGCCCCAGGUCCUGAUGAGGAGAAAGGAGAGAGCCAUGAUGCCUCACUGUGGUCUGAGGUGUGGCAGGAGAAUGUUCCAGGAAGUUUUGGAGGCAUCAGACUCUACAUGACAGAGCUAAUCGCUAUUACACAGAAAGCACUGCAGUCCCAGUCCUGGAAGAUGAAGGCUCAGGGUGCAGCUGCCAUGGCAACUGUUGCCAAGGAACAGAUGGGUUCAUUGGUGGCACCACACCUUGGUUUGGUGCUGACUGCUUUAAUGCAGGGACUGUUGGGACGCACAUGGGCUGGAAAGGAGGAGCUGUUGAAAGCCAUCGGAUCAGUGGUGUCAAAAUGCAGCGCUGAGCUGCAGAAACCGUGCACGGGUCAGCCAACGAUCUCACAGGUGCUUGAGGUCGUGUUGAAGGAAUGCCGCAAGGAGAGCCCUGUGUACAAGCUGGCUGCUCUGCGCUGUGCUGGGGAUGUGCUUGACAGCACUCAGGAGGACCGUUUCAGGGACAUGGCUGAAAUCCUCUUCCCCCUAAUCAAAAAGAAUUGCCCAAAGAGUGGUGGUGUGUCGCCGAGGUCAGUGGACAGUGAUGAUGAUGAUGGUGGGGAUAUGAAGGAGAAGGAACUGCAGACUGAAUCGCUUGUCUGUGCUUUUGACACUCUGGGGAAGACUUGGCCCAGAAACCCUGAGACCCAGACUUGUUUCCAGGUGGACGUGUGCUGUCUAAUGUGUGACAAGCUCAAGCUGAGCACCUGGAAAGUCCAGCUGGCUGUUCUACAGUCCAUGAAGCCUUAUUUCCAGCGGUUAAUUCUGCUGGACAAAGGUAGUGAAGAUGUCAGUGCUCUGUCCCAAAUUCUGUUAGAAACCUGCGCUGCUCUUACAUAUCCUCUAGAAAACAAAAGUUACUCUUCCGUGAGGACGGAGGCCUUGUCAGUUGUGGAAUUGAUUGUGAAGAGAAUUGCAGAGAGCGACCAGUGGGACUCUAUGUCUGCCAAGAGCCGUGAGCAGCUGCAGCGCUCCCUGUCUACGCUCCAGACAGACAGCAGGCCCGACCUGAGGGACAAAGCCCAGGAGCUGCGCCGCCGCAUCCAGAGUCAGCCCUGAACGCGUCACCCUCACCGCUGAAUCCAAACGUACAGUUCAGAGCACAACGUAAACGGAACCUGAACUCCCUUAGAGGACAAAUGCUGCAGUUUCCUCAAUGUUAAAGCUUCUCCUCUGACAGAUCAUGUUUCCGUCAGUGCAUUACUUAUAUUACCUUUGGUCUUCAUAUGCAGCUUGUGCAAGAGACUGCAACACUUGAUUCACACCGAGGCCUGACAUUAGCUUGGAGAGAUGAAACGAUUUGCUCUGUGAGAGAGAGAGACCUGACAGCAAAUGAGGGCAAAGUUAGUCAAAUGUGUCAGUCUUUAUUUGAUUAAUUUUAAAAACUAUGCUUGGAUUGUGGAUGCUGUACCUGCAGCCCUGAAGGGGGAGUUUUACUACUGUUGUGGGUUUGCCUGCUCAGUAAGAAACAGAAUAGUAGCAGGUUUGAUGAAACCUGAAAGUUCUGGCUCAGUUUGCACUUUUCUAAAGUGUGGAUCCUUCUGCACCGUUGAUCACUGCUGCUCCUCAGAGGACAUCUGUGUCCUCUGUGCUUGAGUGAUUUUGUUUUCCUCCUUUGAAUGCACUAUAGAAUGGCCUGUUUUGCUUUUUGAAGUCUUUGAAAAUAUUUGGCCCAUCUGUAGAGCAGAAAGUGAUGUUAUGGUUGUCUGAAUUUGUCCCCUGAUGAAAUAAAACUAUGGAGACACUUUGGCCCG